AUGGAGUGGGGUGGCGACGAUGAGGACCUCUCUCUCUUCGACGCAGACGACGACGAUUUCCGCGAAGCUGCCGAAGUGCGGCCGGCCAUCCUGUCUUCGAUCGCGCGGCCGGCAGCGCCCUCCGCGCAGCCCUCCGCCGUAGCUCCCGCCGCAACUCCCGCCGCAAAUUCCGCUGUGACUCAUGCCGGGAUUCUCGCCGCACCUCCCGUUCUCGCGAUUUCCGAACCAGCCAAGCCGUCGCAUACAGAUUCUAUUCCUGUGGCUGCUCCGAACCUGAAUGACACUCAGGAUCGGAUUGGGGAGGCUCGGAUUGGAGAGGAUCGGAUUGGGAAGGGCGGGAUUGGCGGAGCUAGUGGGGCAGGCGGAGUAGAAGCUGCGGAAGGUGGGGGAAGGGAGGGAGAAAGCGGUGCUGUGGGGGAGAGUGCGGUUGAAAGGGAUGCUGAGGAGGAAGAAUUGGACGGAGAGGCCGGCAAACUCUCCCCCACAGGGGGGAUUCGUCCCAUAGCUGGGAUUUCUGCAGCAACCCCCGAUGCAGGUUCUCUGAAGGAAGUAUUGCGUCAGGUAGAUGAGUUAAAGGGUGCUUUGGCGCGGGAAAAGGAUGCUAGAGUGGCAGCAGAGGAGCAGGCGAAACGGGCAGAAAGAAAAGCUUCUUGCGCGGUCGAGGAAGCUGCCCGGGCGGCGGACGGGCAGCGGCGGGCAGAGGCUGAACGGGCAGAGAUGGAAAGAACGAAAGCUGAGAUGCUGAAAAAGCUGCGGCAUAUAGUAGAGGAGGCUGUGAAGAGAAAGAAGGAGGCAGAAGAGGAGAAGGCCAUUGCCGAAGCUGCCGCCGCAGCUGCGGUGAAGGAUCGGAACGAGGCUCGGAAGGAGCGGGACGAGGCUCGGGGAGAGAGGGACGGGGCAGUGCAGGAGAAGGAGCGGGCAGUGCGGGAAAGAGAGGGUGCUAUCAGUAAACUGGAGCGGCUUAUAAAGGAGCGGGAUGGAGCGGUUAGGGAGCGGGAGAGUGCGGUGAAAGAGAUUACGAAGCGGUUGAGUAGUGAGAGGGAUGGUGCGGUGAAAGAGAGAGAGGUGGCUGUGUUACAGAGGGGAGCGGCUGUGAGGCAUGUAGAGGCGGUGGAAGGGAGUGUGCGGCGCGCUGUGGGGAGACUGGGGAGAGAAGUGGAGCGGAUUGAGAGGAUGUUUGAAGGGAUGUUUGGGGUGCGACGGGAGAGAGAGGAGAUGGAGGAGAGAGCGGUUGCAAUGGCUAUGGAAGUUUCUCAGUUAGAGUCUGAUGUGGUUGAUGCGAAGCUGGAGGUUGAGAGAGUGAGAAAGGAAGGGGAGGAGGAGGUGGAGCGAGUGAGAAAGGAGGGGGAGAGGAGGGUGGAGGAGGGGAGGGUGGAAGGGGAGAGGUGGAGAGCGGCUGCUGAGGAAGCGGAGAGGAGAGUGAGGGAGGUUGAGGAGGAGAGGAGGAGGGAGAGGGGGAGGGUGGAGGAGUUGGAGAGGGUGCGAGGGGAGUUGGAGCGGUUGAGAGAGAGAGUUGGGAGGAGUGGAAAGGCUAGCAAUACAGACGGAGUGGGGACAGAGGGUGGUGGAGGAAAGGAGGGGAAGGAAGGGAGGGAAGGGGAGGAGGAGGAGGGGAGAGAGGGAAGCGUGGAGGAGAUCAGAUGGGUGGAGAGACGGUUAGAGGAGGCGGAGAGGGCUGUGAGCGAUUGGAGGAGCAGGGAGAGUGAGGCACAGAGCCGUGCUGUUGGUGCUGAAACGAAGCUGGCAGCGAAGGAGAGAGAGAUAGAGCUGCUGCAGAAGCAUGUUGAGGAGGAGAGGAGGGAGAAAAAAGAAGAAGCGGAAAGGAACAGGAAGGAGGUGCAGCAGUUGGAAGGGGCGUUGCGCAAGGAGAGGGAAGCUGGGAGGCGAUUGAAAGAGGCGUUGGAGGGGUUGCAGAGGGAGGGGACGAGGGCUGCUGAGCAGAUCGCGGCACUCCAGGCCAGUCUGGCUGAGUGUGAGGCGGAGGCGAGCAGAUGGCGAGAGGCAGCCAAGGAGGAGGCCGCAGCGGGGAGUGCAGUGGCUGAAGAGAUGGAGGAGAUGCGUGGGCAGCUCCUUACAUUGGAGGGCGAAUCAGAGAAGUGGCAGCGGGCAGCAGAGGAGGCACAAGCCAUGCUGACAUCACGCGAUGAGCUGGCAGCAGCAGCAGUUGCCGCCCGGGAAGCAGCGGAGCGGUCGCUCCGGGCGGCAGACAGGCGGGUGGCGGAACUGCGCGAACGAGUGGAGGAACUGCAGCAGCAGCUAGAAGACGAAAGUACCCACCGUAGUGGAGCGAGGGGGGCUGAGAACGCGGCUGAUGGUGCCACUUGUUUGAUUUCAUAUACGGUUGUUAUGCAAUUGCAAGGCGCGUGGAAUGUACAUUAUGCUACCGGUAUUAUUUCAAGCAUUAUUGCAAAUACACUGUAA